AUGGGUCGAAACUUUGAAUUGGCCAGGAGGGCCGCUAAAUCCUUCGACGCUACGGGUAAUGCGUACGCAUCCAGCUCGGACAGUGAUUCAGAUGAAAGCAAUGCAAGCCUGUUGGAAAGAAGCUGUAUGCUGAGCAACAAAUUUAUGUUGCCAAAGGAUUUGUGCGACAGUGGCGCUAUAUUCGAAGAGUUUUUUUCCUUCGAACUGUGGGAUACGCUGCCUCGAACUACUCAACAGAAAUUGGCAAAGUUACUACCAGUCGUCAAAGAUGAUAGAGUGGAAGCAACAACAUUGGUGCACAGUUUGUUGUCGCAUGAGUUGCAUCGAUUUGGUAAAGAACCAAUGGAUGAUUUUCGUAGCAAGCUAUCAAAUGGAUGCUUUCGUUUCGAUGUGGCCAAGUUGCAGCACAAUUUAGCAAAACUUACAACGAAGGAUAAGAGAAUGAUAGAACUACAGCGAAUGUCGCGUUUAGCGCAAAAUGUGAUGUUAUCCCGGGAAGCUGUUUUGUUUAGUGAGUUACACUCGAACGAUGAACGUGCUCUACCAACCGCUGGCAGAAUUACGUACAAUUAUGGUCGCCGCCGGCAAUUGGAUUACGAUGGCAAUAUUUCCUCCUCGAUGGUUAAGUCACUUGUUAUGUCGAAAAAACGAUAUUUGGCUGAAAUUAUUAGUAUCUGUGAUGAAGUUGGUUUAUCAUUGACACUGUCUGACGAAGAAGAUUGCAUGCAUGCUCUACCAACUGGAGCGGUACGGAAACAACGGCGAAUGGUGAGCACCGGUUCACAGUCUGGUGAACAAGCAAGCGUUCAAACGGCCGCUGUGUCGAGUUGUAGUAAUAUUCCCAUGAAGAAACCUGGCAUGAUUGGGAGUGGAGUGAAUGGGGCAGCAGGAAAUACAAUCGAUGGAACCAUAUUUAACGCACCAAAGCUGUAUGUUGUUACUGAGGAACAUUACAGAAAAUUGAUACAACAACACAGAAAACGCAAAAUGGAGGAACCUGAGCAUCCUGAGCUAGAUUUGGACAAUAUGAAAUUAAAGGAUGUUGUCAGUCGCACACAAAUAGCGGCCGGGUAUCGAAGAAUAUUGCCCCUACCGAAGGUAUAUAUUUCGGACUCCGCGAAAGAACAUUCGGCGGGGAUGAAGGGAAGAGUAAAGUCACAAAAAUCGUUCAAAACACAUCGAUCGUCUCAAGAUCAAACAGAUUCAAAACCUUCGAUCCUCGAAGCCAUCUGUGGCGAAGAAAGUAUGGACAACGCUACGGUCAAAACGGAACCAACUGGCGGGUUGAAUGUGGUUUUGAAAGAGGAAAAUCCAUCAAACGAAUAUUUUGAUUCUAAUUUGAAUGACAACGUUGAAGAAAAAUGCGACGUGUUGUCCGCAAAAGAAAGCAAAAGAAGUUCGAACACGAUUGAAGAAGUUGCAGGUGCUAGUGAAACAUAUUUAACGACAACAGUUGGCACGUCUCAAGCUUUACAGACUUUAUCAAAUGCGUCGUUGCUGGACGCUGCUUCAUUGAUGGAAAAUGAUGAUUCAAGCACUGUGGAGCAAAACUCUAUGAAUUGUUUGUUUAGCAAUGGACUGCAUGCCUGUUUCCUUUCGGUUGUUCGCGACCUGUUUUGCUCCAAUCCCGAUCAUCGAUCAACAUUGCCAGAACUGCAGCUAAAACUGGAAGCUUGGACCAAGAGUUCGGUCGCGGAACGUAAUGUUUGGUAUGAACAGUAUCAAAAUAAUGGCGAAUGGAAUGAGACACUACAAUCCGCAGUACAGUUUCUGGCAGGAGAAUUUCCAAACCAGCCCGAAGAUUUUGUUCCGUACAUCGAGCAUAAGGUGGCUAUUAACAUAUUGCAAUGGAUCGGGGCGUCUCGUGAUGCUGACAGCCGACUAGUACCGCUUUGCGCAUACUGGCAAAGUAGAAAACAAGAAAUGAACAAACUAACGGGAAUGAACUCUAUUACGGCUAACAAUUCAAGCUGUGCGAACAAUGUCACGUUAAAUGACUGCGGUGCGCUUGCCACUGCUUCGCCAAAGAGCAGAAGUAGAUCAACGGCUGGGUCUAAACAUUUGCCAUUUUCUCCCUCCUAUUCGUCCUCAUCGUCCAUGUCAUCCGUAUCAUCAUUGCCAGUAGCAGGAGAUAAUUUGCUUUCAUUAAUGAACGAUUCUCCUACAUCAAUACUAACGGCCAAGACUGUCACUGCUUCCGAGGAGGAUGGAUCGAUACAGGAACGGUCAGCAACGACACCUCCUCCUCUUUUCCCGACCGACUGGUCCGUACGAAAAGCCACUGACGAAGAAAUACAAAGUUUUCGUGAACAGGAAAAACGACGAUACGAAAACCCGCAUAUGGCUUUCACCUACAAGCAACACUCAUACGACAGUGUAGUAGGGCCGGUGAAGGGGAUUUAUACACAAGCACCCGGUAUCUCAAAAGCCCGCGGUCACAAUAUGCUCGUAGCGAAUCGUCCCAAUUUCGUUACCAUACUAACCUUAGUCCGUGAUGCAACUGCUAGACUACCGAACGGUGAAGGCACAAGAGCAGACAUUUGCGAACUACUCAAAUCCUCGCAGUACAUAUCACCAACUGCUACAGAUCAAAUUCUGCAGACCAUCGUCAGUGGGGCACUGGAUCGAAUGCACACGGAACGUGAUCCUUGCGUGAAGUAUGAUGCCAAGCGCAAAAUUUGGAUUUAUCUGCACCGAAAUCGCACGGAGCAGGAGUUUGAACGGUUGCACAUGCAAUACCAAGGAUUCACCAAGCAUAAAAAGUCCACUGUUAGAAAAUCGCUGAGACAAUCGAAAGAAAAUCUGUCGUCAUCCAAUUCGGCAAAACAACACGACAUGCUUAAUGAGAGCGGUUCUACGGCAGAUAGUUUUGCCUCAAACAAUAUCGCGUGUGAGAUGGAUCUAGAUGCUUCAGCAACGAUCUACAGUAGCAUAAUGGAUCCGGUGGUAAAUACAGCCACAUCGAUAAGCAGUGCAGAGAAUCCAACCGCCAACAUUGCUACCGUUACUGGGGUAAAGGCUACAACGUCCUUAUUAAAAAAGCAAACCACUCUCUCCGCACCGGAAAACAUCUCCGUACUACAAUCUUGUAACGAUGCUAAAAACGACAACAGUUUCAUAACCACCACGACUACGGGCAUUACAACGGACGACGCUAAUGUAGGUCUAGCUGAUCAAAGCAAAAUGUGUAUCGUUAAGGAGCAUCAAACACCAGUGUCUCGGGAUUGUGGUACGGAUGUGACGUUCAAAGCUUCCAGUAAGCUAUGCAACGCGGUUACUUUGAUUUCAUCUUCGGGAAGUAACGUUCGAACGAUUCAGAUUCCCAAAUCUUCACUCACAUUGGCAAACACAUCGGCAACAUCAAACACUGGUAUCGAAUGUUCAACAGUGGAUGAAGCAUUGUCGCAAGACUCGUUACUCAACGUCAAUCCGAUAUCUCCAAAAAAGUUGUUAGUAUCAGCUAUUGUGUCUUCCCCAAAAGCAACAAUUUCGCCGUCCUCCGGUGCUCCGAAUGUUAAGCAGCCCGUAGUCGAUAUUACGAGACUGUCCAACACGAAACCGAUAAUCGUUCAAUCUGUAGGAACUGCGGUUUCUUCCCAUACCCCACCAGCAGGUUCAUUCGUUUCAUCUCCAAAAGAUGGUAUUAAAAUUGGUUCAACCGUUGGAGGUACGAUUGUAUCGAUCCGGCAGGUGAACAACUCGAGCAUCUGUAAUGUAGCCCCCAAAAGUCAAAUAUUGGCUUGUGGGCAAUCCGCCUCGAUCCUAUCCCCGCAGUUAGCUGCUCAACCUAAAGCCACACAGCUGGCGCUUAACAAUGCUUCAUUUGCGAGUUCUGCCGGUGCAAGUACAAUCCAAACGAUGAAGGGAGGCAGUACGUUAAUAACGGCAACAAUAGGAAAACCUAUCUACAGUACCUCCAUUGGACCAUCGGCUUUGAAGCAAAGCACUAAUACUUCAUCGAUCAUACAAACCAAUCUUCCUGCAACCGUUUUUUCGCAAAAGAUGAUGGUGAGUGCUGGCAAGGCGAAUGCAUCAUCCGCUAGUGAAGGCAGUACCGUACCGACGGUGGUAGCAAUCAAAUCAGCCAGUACAUCUACUAUUACGACACCCGGCACUCCAAUCGCUACCAACCGCAUUGUAAAGCCUGCGUCGAAUCUGUUUAGCACAAUCACGCUUGCCAAAGGCCAACAGUCCGUACUAACACCAGCUAAGCAGAGACAAAUUAUCCAAAACUUGCUUUCACAAAAUCAGAAAAAUUCUUUAGCAAACAAUCAAAUCGUUUCCCCCACUGCUGUAGUGGCAGCGAAUGCGACGAACUUGGCCAAGGGGCAAGCAAGCGAUACGAAGCAAUACAAAGCUCCAGGCGCAUCGUACGUGUUGGAAAAUCAAACCACCGUUCCAACGUUUAAAAUUAACCAAAAUGCUAAUUCCAACAUUAAGACUUUAUCAUCAAAAAUUGUCAAAAUAACUCCUACCCGCUCAAAACCAACCCAAUCGGCAAUCAGAUCUGCCGUUACCGUAAGCCCGCAAAGCGUGAUGAACCCAGCAGCAGCCGCAACCAGUGUAAAGAUGAUAAAAAUGAAUCCAUCAACAACAAUACUCACAACAAGCGAGGGCCAUGGUACGCUGAAUCCUGGGACUGCGGUAGCUGUUACUGUGUCAAAUAAUCCGGGAACAGUUACGCCGUCCGCUGUUAAAAACGCAACUAUGCGGGUGGUUAAAACGGCGUCCGGUGCUACGACUGUAAUUAAAACUGAAGUAGCAAGAGGAUCGUCCGCGCAGCAAAUAGCUCAAAUCAACAGCAAUCUUUCCUCGGGUCAAAUUAACUCUAAAAUGCUUGUUAACUCUAACAUCAGCGCCGGUCAGCUGAUUCCGCUCGAAAGCUUGCUGCAAAAACCUAGCAUUACUGGAACAACCAAUAAUGCUGGUGGGGGUGUGAAUACAAUUUUAAAGCUUGCCGGCACCACCAAAGCCGGGCAACAGUUUUUACAGUUCGGUACAGGAUCGAAUACUGUCAGUUCGGUUACUGGAAAAUCGAUCACAGGUGGAUCAUCGUCUGCUGUUGUGAGUGUUGGCCAUCAAUAUACAGUUUUGCCCCAGACAAGAAACAUUAUAUCCGUUGCAUCAACGGCUUCCGGAAUACGACCAACGAACCUUCCUGUAACCAUUGUUUCAUCGUCAAAAUCAGGUGAAUGUUUCCAGCCAGGCGGCGGUUCGAUUAUUGUGACGAGUAGAAAGGGAAAUUUAAGUGAAAUCAAUCCUACCACCGCUGGAUCGGCCACUUCCUUUCUCAGCCACAUUGCAAGUUCGCCUACUGCCAAACUAGUACAGCAAGGCACAAAGGUAAAACUACUUACCACCACAACACACAACCCUAACGCUUUUGGCACCGGUCCUGCUGCUUCUGUGUCCCAGCAGCAAAGCACGGUAUUCAGUCCCAAAACCUCGCUGCCCUCUACGGUAAAUGUGAGUGGGGAAUUUUUAAAUGCCAAAAUCAUAGGCGUUCACAACAUUGGCUCGGCAAAGGUUAAAGGAGCUUCUUCAUUGAGCUUGAUGAAUGCAAACAGCUUAAAUAUAGCGCAUAUAGGAGGAAAACCAGUUUUAAUUGCCAACAAUGCAUCGAUCGGUGCAAAUCAAGCCAUCACGGUGAGCACUGCUCAUUUGAGCAGUAAUAGCGGAGCCAGCAAAUCCACUCCAUCCAGCUCUAUGGUUUUUACAGCAAAUUCAAACAAUAACAGUCAUGUGUUGGGACAGCCAAAUGCAGCCAAUGUGCAAACCGUGUCUACUGCAACGACAGGAAGAGAAAUCUCGCGAACAAACGUCGUCGGCGGAAUACCCGGUCAAAUUCAAACGGUGUUACUUCGUAAUAAUGUGUUGAAGGUUCAAACUGUACCAUCCACCUCAGCAAGCAAACUGGCACACCAACCAUCCAUAGCAUCUGUGAGUGUUGGUAGCAGUGGAAUAGCUAGCGGAAUCAAUGCAGCUGCUGCUGGUACAACACUGAUAGCAACGACUGGUGGUCGAUGCACCACAGUGCAAUCCAAAACCGCGUUACAGCAACAGCCAAAAGUACAGAAACAGCCGCAAACCAUCAGUUCGGGUGGAACUGGUGUCAUUUUAACACCAAAUAUCCCUACGAGCAGCAUCACCAUAGAAGGGACAGUUGUUGAAACAAAUGCUGAGAUAGCUAACAACUCGGAUACAGUGUCACAGCGAACACAAUCACCGCGUGUAGUUCUAUCCCAGCCGAUUAUAAUCCCAUCGGAUGUGCAGAAAUCGGCCACUUCUAUAAAUCUCAAGAGACUCAAGGUUAUACCAAUAAGCAAACCUUCAAAUACAUAG